AUGUUGGAGAUAGGCUCCAUAGAAGAAAUCAACCAAUUGAAACCAGCCGGUAAAUAUAAACUAAGAGAGCCACCUCUUGCUGAAUCGAGUAUUACGGCAUUCAUGGCGGGGGGGUUGGAUCUUAUUAUUGUACCUGGUGUGGCUUUUACACCCGGUUGUCACAGACUUGGUCACGGAAAGGGGUAUUAUGAUAGUUACACAACAAUCCAUGACCAGUGGACCAACCAAAAAGACCUUCCAAGAACAAAACUUAUUGGACUUGGUUUAGAUGUACAGUUGGUAGAGAAUAUCCCGACUGAGGGGCAUGACCGUAUACUCGAUGCUGUUAUAAUCAACGGCCAUGUUUAUCGACCCUAA